AUGAAUAGUACUCUAAUUUCUGAAGAAAUAUCGAAAUGUAAAGUUUGUAUAGAACCAUCUAUUAGAAAUGUAUCUGAAUGUAUAGAAAGAAUUACUCCAACAGGAAUCCCAAUAUAUGCUAAUGAACUUGGAGAUAUUAAGACUCAAGCUGAAAGAUACUUUUUAACAACAUCUCAUGAAGAAAAUGAGAGGAGGAAAUCUGAAGAUAUAUAUUUAAGUCAAGCAGAGAUUUGGGAACAAGUAAAUAAGCAUCGUCAAAUUGCUAUUGAAAAUUUGGAUACUUUAGAUACCAUCAUAUCAUGCUUACAAAAAGGAUUUGGAGAUAAUGUACAAUAUCUUGAUAUUCACCCUUCAUAUCGUAUUUCAUAUAAAACAUCUAUGAAUAAUUUAAAGAAUUCCCAAAAUUCCUUAUCACUUAGUGAAGCCUCUAAAAAUGAACUUUUAUUAGCUUUAUUAAAAAAACAAGAAACCUUAAAACCUUUAGCAUCAUUAUCUUUUGAUAUUAAACAUUCAAUAGAAUCUAAUUUAAGAGAUCAUUUUGAAGUACUUGAUAUAGUAUCACAACUUUUACCAAUUUGGAAUAUUAAAUGUAGCAAAUUCGUAUCUAAUGAAUAUUCAAUAACUAUAAAUAAUCAAUAUAAAGCAUCUUUAAACAUAAUUAUUCCACUUCCUCCUUGGAGAAUAUUUUUAAAACAAAAUGAAGAACUCCAAUUAUCUCAGACAUGGUUACCAAUAUCUAAUUUAUGGUGUUUUAGUGAUGUUAAUAUUCAACUUGAUUUCUAUAAACCUAAGAAAUAUUAUACUCAAGAGAAUAACGAUAAUAAAUCAUUAGAAAUAGAAGAAAUUGAUAAUACUACAAAAAAUUCUAUAUAUAGUCAUAUUCAAAUAUUUGAUAUACCAUCUCAUUUAAUUAAAAAUAAAUAUCAUAUAAGAGUUAUAUUUAAAAAUAUAAAGAAUUCUAAUUUAAAACCUAUAUAUUUAAAUAGGAAUAAUUCAUUACCCGAAGUUACUAUACCAGACUUUUUGACCCAUAAAUUAGCUCAAGAAAUACAUUCUCAACUUCAUUAUGCACAUUGGAUAUUAAUAGAUAGAGCAAUUUUCACAAUAUUAAUACAUGAAAUUGCAAAAUAUAGGGAAUCACAAAGUAUAUUUAUUCAUAUAGUUGAAGCAGAUUCUAAUUCUAUAUCAUUUGUAUUAACAUCUACAUGUUUGGAAUUUUUUAAUAGGACUAUAGAGAAUUCAUGGCCAUUAGAUACUAUAAUAAAAAUUUAUUAUAUACCAGAAACAAGACAAUUAAAUGAUGACCUUACAGAAUUAAUUACAAAACAAGAAUAUAAAGUUAUAUCGAAGAUCCGAGAAUUAUUUAUACAGAAAUGGCAAACUUCAAUAUCAUCUAGUUUAAUUAAUUUAGAUCUAAUAACUGAGACUAAUUUAAAUUUAUAUAUAAAUCAAUCUAAAACUUUAUUUUCAAACUGGAUUAGUUAUAUAACAAGGACUUUAGAUAACCCUAUUACUUAA